AUGUCUGAUAGUAGCGCCGGUAACACGGUGUUUACGUUUGGCAAACAUAAGGGGCGAUCAUUCGAAGAUGUAUACCACUCUGAUCCAAGUUAUGGCGCCUGGGCGAUGCAGAUCGAAUCGCCGUCUGGGCCGAUGCUGCAGUUCUGCAGCUUCCUGCGUUCCAUGGGAUACGAUGCGAAUUCUAAGGAAUCCAGGGGAAUUGCAGCUAAGGAAGAUGCCGGUAGGAGCAUGAAGAGGGGUAUUAACGAGACCACCGGUGCUGCGAGCGCUGUCGUGGAUAGCCGUCGACCAACGGUGGCGAACGGACGCGGUGCUGCGGCGGCUGCAGCUAACACACCUGGAUUUCCUAACGAUAAUCGUGCGUCUUUGCAUAGCAAGGCGCUAGACAACUGUUUGGAGGCCAAGUGGCGGCGGUUGACGCAGAAGGUACAGGAGGUGGAUGAGGAAGAGGAUGAAGCGGAAUGGUAUCAAAGGCGCCGAAACACGGCCGGCACAAUACACGACACUGCAAGCAUCUUAGAUGACGAUUCCAUGACGCUUCAGCGGGUGCUGGAGGCGGCUGUAGCGGCGAGAAGGCAACAGUUACCGGUGGCGAAGCGGUCGCCCAAAAGUAGUUCCAGCACCUUGCCCAAGGCUAAAAACACCGGUACACCAAACACAUCGACCGUUUCGUCCGUGUUUAACGGGGGUGGGCGCAAAAAUGAGGGCGCAAACUCCGUGGCGCCUGGGCGGAACAGCGAACCAGGCCAAAUGACCCUUGAUGGCAGAGUGAUUAAAAGUGCACCAAAGGGAAAAACUGAGACAAAGGCAAAUGAUGCAGCUGCCUGCAAGGAAUCUGUACCCGGUAACACUUUUGGUAAUUUGCCAGGGGAUAAUGGGACCUCGUCUCCCAUGCGCAAUGCCACACCCAAGCCCAACCAAUCCGCUACAUGGAGCACGUCACCCGGGAAGAAAAAGUUGCGACUUGAGGGCAUUGUCGCGUUGGUCUUGCACUCCGAGGAUGAAUUCUCAGUGGCCUUCCAGAAGGCGUUGAAGGACAUGGCCGUGUGGUCGAAUAUCCUGCCUCCGCCUCUGUUCGACUUCUUGCGGUUUCUGGAUAAUGGCAUGCGGGUGGUAAAGGAGGGCCGGACGUCGUACGUGCUCAUGAAGGCGGACAAGUACGAGAUGGUCCUGAAAGCCUUGAAGCAGGAAUUGGCCGGUUGCCAGUGCCCCGUGGACCCGAUCCCGGACUUCAUUCUGCGCACCUUCCCGGCGUUCCACCGCUACAGUCGCGCGGCAAAGCUGCCGGAGAAAACACAGCAGGCGCUUUCCGGGUACCUCUGUGACUACACGCGCAAGAACAUGGAUCGCUUGUCGGAAAUCGUAGGCAAGGAGCUCUAUUCCCAGCUGAGGCCCUUCCAGCGCGAGGGGGUGGAAUUCGGUAUUCGCAGAAACGGCCGCGUCCUGAUAGGUGAUGAGAUGGGUCUGGGUAAAACCCUGCAGGCGCUGGCUAUAUCUGCAUUCUACUGUAUGGACUGGCCCCUGUUGAUCGUCUGCCCCUCGUCGCUUAGGUUCCAGUGGCGCGACCAAUGCGUGCGAUGGCUGCCUCACCUGAUCAGCGAGGACGAGGUUUGCACCGUCAAGAGCGGAAAGACGGCCAUACCUGACCACACAAAGGUGGUGAUUAUCUCGUACGACCUCUACGCCUUGAAUGAGCACUUCCGCCACGGCUUCCGCGUGGUCAUCUGCGACGAGUCGCACUACAUCAAGAAUAAGCAGGCCAAGCGAACGCGGUGCCUGGCUCCGCUGCUCAAGGAGACGCGAAGGGCGAUACUGCUGUCCGGUACCCCAACGCUGAACUCCCCUUCAGAGCUCUACGAGCAGAUCUCGUGCAUCAUGCCGUCGUUUUGCUCCAACAGCACCUUUUUGGAGCGCUAUUGUCAGAAGAAGUUGAAUUGGUACACCAAGCGAAUCACGUACGCCGGCUCGCAGCACACUUCCGAGCUGCACCUGUUCCUGGUCAAGACGGUGAUGAUCCGCCGCCUCAAGGAGCACGUGCUGCACGAACUCCCGCCGAAGCUGAGGUCGAAGGUGCCCAUAGAGCUGCCGAAAACAUUCCUGCGCGAUUGCAAGAGCCACAUGGCAACGCUGCCCAAGAACGCGCACAAUGAUUCUGACUUCUCGUCCAUGCAGGAGAUGUUCAAGAAGACCGGCGAGGCCAAGGCCAAGGGCGUGUGCGAGUACGUGGUCCACAUGCUCAGGAGCGAGGUGAAGUUCAUCGUCUUCGCCCACCACAUUUUCCUGAUGGACGCCAUCGAGGACACGCUGCGCGAGCAGAAGUGCAACUACAUAAGGAUCGACGGUUCGACGCCUCACAGCAAAAGGGAGGAGAACGUGCACAAGUUCCAGAACGACAGCAGCUGCACGCUGGCGUUGCUGUCGAUGACGGCCUGUGGCGUCGGGCUGAACCUGACGGCGUCCUCGACGGUCGUGUUCGCGGAGCUGCACUGGGUCCCCGGGCUCAUGAUCCAGGCCGAGGACCGCGCGCACCGCAUGGGCACCAAGCAUCGCGUGAUCAAUAUCCACUACCUCAUCGCCGAGAACUCGGUCGAAGAGAUGAUGUGGCGCGUGAUCAACCGCAAGUGGGAGGGGGUGACGGCGACGCUCAACGGCGAGACCUCAAACCUGACGCUGCUCAAGGAAGCGGAAAAGAACAAGUUAACCGAGGAGGCCAACCAGCUCAAAAUCACGGAAUUGAUCAAGUGA